AUCAUGGCUCUUAAUGAUAAUUGUAUUUGGAAAGGUAUACUUGUAGUCUUCUUCCUCAUCUCCGUCAAAGGACAAAAGUCAGGCCCCUAUUUCAUGGUGACAUUUCCUGCAGUGAUCCAGUCAGGAUCUGAAGCUAAACUGUGUGCAAGUCUUCUUAAGCCUAAUGAGAGUCUUGUAAUGAACAUUUAUCUGGUGAAAGGCAACCAGAGCACAUUACUGUUUAAGGAGAAAACUAAUGAAGAGUUUCACCGCUGUUUUAACUUUCAGGCUCCUCUGACAGAAACAGAUUCCGUGCAGAAAAUGAAGGUAGAAAUUCAGGGGGAGUCUUUUGAGAUGAUUGAAGAACGAAAAGUCAUGUUUAGAUAUUACCAUCCUUUGACCUUUAUCCAGACUGAUAAACCCAUCUAUACACCAGGACAAACAGUGAAUUUCAGAGUUGUUACCAUGGACACCAACUUUGUUCCUCUCAAUCAACAGUAUAGUACAGUGGUGCUUGAGGACAGUCAACAUAACAGGAUUGGUCAAUGGACAAAUAUUUCUUCAACAAGGUGGAUAUUACAGCGUUCUUAUGAACUAAAUCCAGAGGCCCGUCAAGGCAUUUACAGCCUGAAGGCUUCUAUUGGUGAAAGGAUGAUCACACAUACUUUUGAAGUCAAAAAGUAUGUUUUGCCUAAGUUUGAUGUCACUGUAAAAAGUCCAAGUAAAGUGAGUUUUGCUGAUGAGGAACUGACAAUUGAGGUUUGCGGAAAAUACACUUAUGGUCAGUCCGUACCAGGUAAAUCAUGGGUGAAAGUGUGCCGUGAUGGUUAUCAUCACUCUCCUGCCCAAUACAACAUUCCGCUGUGUUUGAAUGAAACCACUGAGAUGACUGGCUGUGCCACCCACACCUUCAAUGCAUUGGUCUUUUUUAACUCUACAUUAAACGAUCAUCUGGAAAAUGUUCUAAAAGUUGAGGUGAAAGUAACAGAAGAAGGAACAGAUAUCACCAUGACAAAACCAGAAACUAUUCAAAUCACUUAUGAAAUUGGCAAAGUCACAUUGACCGACUUACCCAAAACAUUUGAACAUGGGUCAGUUAUAGAAGGAAAGAUCAAACUUACAAAUUUCAAAGGAGCACCAAUUAAUGACAGAGCAGUAUAUCUUUUGGAGGGUGAAAAUUGGUCCUCCAAUCUGCUCCAAAAUCUUACUACGGACAUUAAUGGACUGGCCAGUUUUUCACUUAACACAUCUAGUCUUCAUAACAAUGAUAUUAAUCUGAUGGCAAGUAUGUAUCCAGACUUUCAUUAUCGGCGCUCCAGAAAGCCUUACUUCUCUACGGAUAAAAAAACGGUUCGGCUUUUCCAGCCUGCAACUCCAUAUACCCGAAGAUUAAGUGAACUGACUAUAGAAAAAAUUGAGCAACCUUUAAAAUGUGAUGCGGAGGUUCCAGUGACCAUUAAGUAUUAUUUUGUUGGAGAGACUGUUGAUGAUUUUAAUACUGAUAUUGUCUACAUGGUCUUGUCCAAAGGAGUGAUAAUUCAUCAUGGAUAUGAGAAGGUUGAAGUGAAGUCUUCAAAUGGAAUAUCAAGUGGCUCGGUGACAUUCAGACUGUCUGUUGAUUAUGAUCUAGCUCCAGUAGUGCAGAUUCUGGCAUACUGCGUUCUGCCCAGUGAGAAUGUAAUUGCUGGUAGCACAAAUUUUGACAUUGAAAAGUGUUUCCGAAACAAGGUGUCCCUGCAGUUUUCUCCAGCUAAAGCAGUUCCAGGUGAAGAAAACUCUCUGCUGCUCUCAGCUGACCCUGGUUCACUGUGUGGCCUCAGUGCUAUAGAUCAGAGUGUACUGAUCCUGGAGUCAGGAAAACGGCUGAACACAGAAAAGAUCUUCAGAAUGCUUCCAGUGCAAUCAGUAUCAGAUUAUCCUCAUGGUGUUGAAGAUGAGCAGCAGUGUUUGCAUGUUAGACCCCGUCGAGCUGUGCCAACAGACCACGCCUAUGAAACCUUAAAGAAAGUAGGAUUGAAGAUGGCAACAAAUUUGGCUGUGCGAGAACCUCAGUGUCUGACAUACAGGGGCUUGACUUAUCACAGAUACAACAAUAUAGUAAUGUAUCGUCAUCAUCAUCAUCCGGUAAUGUCUGUACUAGCAGGAAGCGGAUUUAGAAUGAAUGAAAGAGAAAAUCCUUUAGUGACAGUUCGGACAAUCUUUCCAGAAACGUGGAUCUGGCAACUUUCUGAAGUAGGGGACUCUGGCUCGACACAGGUUCCUGUCAAGGUUCCUGACACCAUCACCACUUGGGAGACGGAGGCCUUUUGUCUGUCCUCCAAAGGUCUGGGUCUGGCUCCUCCUGCUCAGCUGACAGUUUUCCAGCCCUUCUUCCUGGAGCUCUCUCUGCCUUACUCCAUCAUCCGUGGGGAGAUCUUUGAGCUAAAGGCCACUGUCUUCAACUAUCUGUCCAAGUGUAUCAUGGUUAAAGUAACUCCAGCUCCUUCUUCAGACUACACUCUCAAAGCCUCCUCUGAUGAUCACUAUUCAUCCUGUUUAUGUGCUAAUGAAAGAAAAACCUUUAAAUGGAUUCUCACUCCUUCUUCUCUGGGAGUCUUGAAUAUUACGGUCAGUGCAGAGGCAGAGCAGUCACAGACUAUGUGUGACAAUGAGAUUGUGAGCGUUCCGGAGAGAGGACGCAUUGACAUAGUUACACGAAGUCUGCUUGUACAGGCUGAAGGAACUGAAAAGACAGAGACCCACAGCUGGUUACUGUGUCCAAAGGACAACAGUCUCUCAGAGGAGGUGAGUCUAACUCUUCCCAAAGAUGUAAUAGAGGGAUCAGUCAGAUCAUCUGUUUCUGUUCUUGGAGACAUAUUGGGCCGUGCACUGCAGAACCUUCACGGAUUAUUAAGGAUGCCAUAUGGCUGCGGAGAGCAGAACAUUGCUGUUCUUUCUCCCAAUAUUUACAUUCUACAGUACCUGCAGAACACUGAGCAGCUGACAUCAGCCAUCCGAGAGAGAGCCACCGGCUUCCUUAAGAGUGGAUACCAGCGACAACUGAACUACAAACAUUACAAUGGUGCAUACAGCACAUUCGGCCAUGGUGAGGGAACCACCAGGUUGACUGCCUUUGUCCUGAGGUCUUUUGGCAAAGCACAGAAAUACAUAUUUAUUGAUCCACGUAAUAUUCAGAGUGCAAAGGAAUGGUUAAUAAGAAGGCAGAGUCAAGAUGGCUGUUUUAUGCAACAAGGAAGACUGUUCAACAACAGAAUGAAGGGUGGAGUAAAUGAUAAUGUGACCAUGACCGCCUACAUUACUGCAUCAUUGCUUGAACUGGAAACUCCAGUAACAGAUCCUGUAGUCUCCAAAGGUUUGUCAUGUUUGAGGUCCAUCAUUGGGAAUCUCAAAAACACUUACACCACUGCUCUGCUUGCCUACACUUUCAGUCUGGCUGGAGAGACGGACACUCGACAGACACUUUUAAAAGAGCUGGACAGUGUUGCCAUUUCAGAUGGAGGUCAUCUUCACUGGUCUCAGGAUGCAUCUAAGGAUGCGUCUGAUUCUCUGGCUGUGGAAAUCAGCUCAUAUGUGCUGCUAGCUGUUCUCACUGCAGAGUCGGUCACUACAGCUGAUCUGGGUUAUGCAAACAGGAUUGUCAGCUGGCUUGUGAAGCAGCAGAAUGCCUAUGGAGGAUUCUCCUCCACCCAGGACACAGUUGUGGCUCUUCAGGCUCUGUCUUUGUACGCCUCUAAAGUCUUCAGCUCAGAUGGCUCCAGCACAGUUACUGUACUUUCAGCAGGAGACAAUCACCACUUUGAUGUGAAUCAGGACAACAAGUUACUGUACCAGGAGAGGCCACUGCACAACGUUCCAGGCAAAUACAGUAUUGAAGUGAAGGGCUCCACCUGUGUAUCUGUGCAGAUGGCUCUGUUCUACAACAUUCCCACUCCUGGCGAGAAUAAAACAUUGAGUAUUGAAGCUACGACUGAGGGAGAUUGUGAACAAUCAUCUAGCCAAAAUUUUAUGUUGAAAUUCACUGUCAAAUAUGAUGGUUCACUGGCAAAAACUAACAUGGUCAUUGUGGACAUUAAACUGUUAUCUGGAUUCACAGCAGAUACAUCUUUGCUUGGAAAUCCUCCUACAGGUAUAUUUGUACCACUUGUGGAGCGAGUUGAUACUAAAGAUGAUCAUGUCAUUGUGUAUUUGAAGGAGCUCGAAAAAUAUAUUCCAAUGAACUACCAGAUACAAUUGAAACAGGUUGUUCCAGUGCAGAAUCUCAAGCCAGCUGUAAUCAAAGUCUAUGAUUACUACCAAACAAGUGAUCAGUCAGAGAUCGAGUACUCCAUCCACUGUAAAUGACAUGUCAUGCUUCCGUUCUGCAGCUUUAUAGUACACCUUGAAUAAAGAUGUUUGAGCACUCAAAUGUUUCAUUUUAUAUUGUUUGUUCUUUAUCGUGUGCAAAACUUCAUUACUUCAUGAAACACACUUUUAAAAUGUUCUUUUUUGGACUUCUUUGUCUUGCACAACCCAUAAGACAAAGUUGAAUAA